CCGUGUCUCUCUGUCUUCUUCCCUGUGCGCGCGCGCGCGAGAGCCAGCAUGUUCGCUUCCACUUCCGCUUGAAGCGGCGAGCGAGCCGAACGCCGCCGUACCGGACGCCGGCGAGCCGAUCAUGGCUCCGAGCAGCGCCGCCGCCGGCUCCGGCGCGCCUCUCGAGUGGAAGCUCUCCCAGGUCUUCGGCGAGCGGUCUCCCGGAGAGGAAGCUCCCGACGUUCCGGAUGAUGUCAUAUCUUCGAUCGAGUUCGAUAAGACGGGGGAUCACCUCGCCGUCGGCGACCGCGGCGGCCGCGUCAUCAUCUUCAAGCGAAAGGACGGCAAAGACCAUUUUCGGAGGCAGGUGGAGCGGUCGGAGUCCGACUUCGCGUGGCAUCCCGAGUAUCGGUAUAUGACUGAAUUUCAGAGUCACGAACCUGAGUUCGAUUAUUUGAAGAGUCUGGAAAUUGAAGAGAAGGUCAAUAAAGUUAAAUGGUGUCCAAUGCCCAACGGAUCCCUUUUCAUGCUUUCAACCAAUGACAGGACAAUUAAACUCUGGAAGGUAAAAGAACGUAAGAUGAAGAAAGUGAGAGAAAAGGAUCUCGGUCCAUAUAUUUGUCCAGAGAAUGCACUGUUGGCAGAAAGAAGUUACGUGAGUGAUCAAGAGAAAAUUAAUUUUGAUAAUGGCCAUCAUGUGGAAUGGACAGAGAAAAUAGCUCAGCAAAAGUUGCCUUCACACGAACUUCCAGGGAUUGCCGAUUAUAACAAUGAUGCUCUUGCACGAUGUCGAAAGAUUUACGCUCAUGCUCAUGAUUUCAACAUAAACUCACUUUCGAAUAACAGUGAUGGUGAGACCUUUGUUUCUGUCGAUGACCUUAGAAUUAAUUUGUGGAACAUGGAGAUCAGUAGUCAAUGUUUCAAUAUAAUUGACAUAAAACCAACGAAUAUGGAGGAUUUGACUGAGGUCAUAACUUCAGCUCAGUUCCAUCCGGUUCACUGUAAUCUGCUUGCUUACAGCAGUUCAAGAGGUUUUAUCCGUCUAGUUGAUAUGCGGCAAUCAGCCUUAUGUGAUCAUAGUGCAAGGAUCUUACAGGAUGGAGAACAGCGUAGUUCUAAAUCAUUUUUCACAGAGAUCAUUGCAUCAAUCUCCGACAUAAAAUUUGCAGCUGAUGGCCGGUACCUUAUGAGUCGUGAUUACUUAAACUUAAAGCUUUGGGAUCUGCAUAUGGGAUCUAAACCAGUUGCAACAUUCAAAGUUCAUGAGCAUCUUUGCCCAAGGCUGUCUGAUUUGUAUGACAAUGACUCCAUAUUCGAUAAAUUUGACUGCUGCCUAAGUGGAGAUGGACUUCAUUUUGCUACUGGUUCAUAUAGUUAUCUUCUACGCAUUUUUUCUCAUGGUUUUGGGAGUGAAGAAGGGGUCACGGUUGGUUCUUGUAAAAAUCCGAGCAGGGCGUCUCUGCCUGCUGCUCCAAGGGCGAGGAGGUCAUCAAUAAGCAACUUGGCGCGUGGAUUUUACCGGCAAGCGCGCGAAAAUUCGAGCUCAGUUGCCAACGAUACUCCCUGUGACUUGAAGCAGAAGUUGCUGCAUUUAGCAUGGCAUCCAACUGAAAAUCUGAUUGCUUGCGCUGCUGGCAGCAGCCUGUUCAUGUACUAUGCAUGAAAA